AUGCUGCGUAAGGGUUCAGGAAUGCUUCGAGGCCUGCGGCUGAUUACGGGAGCCUCUACCAAAGUGCCCAAGGGAUUAAAGCCGCAGAAGUCCCGCGAGCUUAUCCGGAGAUUCCACAAUUUGCUGAAGUGGAAACUGCAGAUAGUGGCAUCAUUGGCAAAGGAGUAUCCUGAGAUCGACCAGGACAAUUACCGCGAGUUACUCGGUAAGCAGUAUAGUCGCCAUGUAUUAGAGAAGCGCGAUGUCAAAGCUAAUAGCAAACAGGUAUUUGCUACCACGGGCACGACGUCACAAUUGGCGAAGACAUUGGCGCAAAUUGACGCUGAGAUCGAGUGGCGUGGGGGUUUGGAAACGUACCAACGGGCGCUGACGCAAGGACAAGAUGCUAAGCGCGGUGGCGACUCUUCUAAGAAGCUAGUACAAUGGCUUGAGCUGGGUGACUACUUAGGCUUUGGCGAGGAAACACUGGGACUUCGAGCUUUAGAGAUUGGGUGUCUUCUGUCGCUUAACGCCAUCUCAUUUAGCCACAUGUUCAGCUCAGUGGUGAAGAUCGAUCUCCACUCCCAGAGUCCAGAAAUCAUCGAACAGGACUUCAUGCAACGUCCUUUACCCACAAGUGACGCUGAACGUUUCAAUUUGAUUAGUUGCUCGUUGGUGCUUAACUUUGUGCCUACGCCCAGCCAACGUGGGGAGAUGUUACGGAGAACUACUCAAUUCCUUUUGCCACCUACUGCGGAGAUAAAGCUGCUUUUGUUCCUUGUACUUCCGCUCCCAUGUGUCUCCAACUCUCGUUAUUGUACUGGCGCUCACCUAGACGACAUUAUGAAGUCUUUGGGCUAUAACCAGGUAAACUACCAUGAGGCGACAAAAGUGGCAUACUGGCUCUACGAGUGGACUGGUCCAGUGACCACGACCAAGUUCCCCAAACGUGAACUUCAAUCAGGAGCCAACCGCAACAAUUUUGCCGUGGUGAUGGACUAG